AUGUCGAUUCGGCUGGAACGCGAACUCUGUUUGCGGUAUCCGUCUUUUGUUGACGAUAACAGUCUCCCUACUUCGCGCCUCCACAUAUCAGAUAACUUGGCUUUUAUGCAAGAGAACAGCAUCUAUUUGCCCAAAGGAAAUGUGUCUAUUGUAUUUGGUGAAGUGACCACUCUUAUAGGUAGCAAGAUCUGUACAGCGACGACGUCAUACACAGCUCACCCUUAUAACUGGCAAAUUAUCACAUCACCUUAUUAUCCAGACAGAUAUCUCGAUGGACUCUCCUGCAACUGGCUAAUUACGACCGACGAUGCUUUAGAAGUUGUAAAAUUAAAAGUCCUGGAUUCGGAGUUGGAAAACUCUACAGUGUGUUCCAAGGAUGUAGUCCAUGUCUAUGAUGGUGGCACUCCACGUAGUCCACUCCUUGGCUCUUGGUGUAAUGGAGAUACUCCUGAAUUUAUCAGCACGGGAAGGAAAAUGUACAUUACGUUCAGCACAGACGAGAAAGCUCAUUUUCGGGGAUUCAAAGCUAAAUUCAUUUCCGAGCAGAAAGAAAUUGCGGAAUUUCGAGCAGAAAGAAUUCUUCACUGGGAAUAUUUUGCCAGCAUGAGAAUGGAAGCUUGGAAACAAAAGGAAUGUAUUCUUUUUUUUUUUUUUCUCUCUCUUCUCCAUAUUCACCUGAGCCAUAUCUGGAAAGGAAAAGCUCGCGCUGAAUUCUGUCUUGAUAAAAAGAAAUUGACAAUGAGCUCCAUGGUAGCUAGCAUCCAGUAA